AUGACGAUGGAAAAUCGUGACACAAUUGAUAUUGGUAAUCAUAGUCAUAAACAUGAAGUUGAGAAGCUUUUGAUGAAGUUGAAUAAACCAGCUGUUAAGUCCAUUAAGAGCCCUGAUGGAGAUACUAUCGAUUGUGUUGCUAUUCUAGAUCAGCCAGCUUUUGAUCAUCCAAAACUCAAAAAUCACAAAAUUCAGAUGAGGCCAAAUUUUGGGCCACAGGAUAAUAAGAUACUUGAAGAAAGUGAAAUAUCUUCGAAAUCAAAGACAAUCCAUCAGCUAUGGCACCACAGUGGAAGUUGCCCAGAGAGUACAAUUCCUAUAAGAAGAACGAGAGAAGAUGAUAUAUUGAGAGCAGGCUUUAUCCAACGAUUCGGAGAGAAGAAUCUCAAGAACAAUUUCAUAUCCCCAAGUGUUGGAGCUCAAGGUCACUAUGAGUAUGCCUUGGUCUUUUUGAAAGGAAAUAAAUAUUAUGGAGCCAAGGGAACCAUGAACGUCUGGAACCCUCGUGUUCAACAAUCCCAAGAAUUUAGUCUUUCAGCAAUUCGGAUUUUAAAUGAUGCUGAUAGUGAAAAUCUCGAAAUUAUUGAAGCUGGUUGGCAGGUAAAUCCAGAGCUAUAUGGGGAUACUAACACCCGACUUUAUACAUUUUGGACUAGUGAUUCAAACGAGAAUACUGGAUGCUAUGAUCUUCUUUGUUCUGGCUUUGUUCAAGUAAAUGCUGAAGUAGCUCUGGGAAGCAGCAUCAAGCCCUUGUCUAUAUACAAUGACAUUAAUUCCCAAUAUCAAAUCACGAUCACCAUCUGGAAGGAUAGAGGCAGCGGAGAUUGGUGGAUGCUACUUGGCAGUGAUAAACUAAUUGGAUAUUGGCCUUCCACUUUGUUCUCAAGUCUAUCAGACAGUGUAACAGUGAUAGAGUGGGGAGGUGAAGUACUAAACUCAGAAGCUAACGGACAACACUCAACAACACAAAUGGGAAGUGGGCAUUUUCCAGGAGAAGAAUAUGGAAAAGCUAGCUAUUUCAAGGACAUUAAAUUUGUUAAUGGUAACAACCAAAUGUUGACAGCUGAUAACGUUGUGUCUUAUGUUGAUCGUUCCAAUUGCUACAAUGUACUCCAACCUGCCUUUUCUGAUAAUGCUUGGGGCAGCCACUUCUAUUUUGGGGGUCCAGGGAGAAACCCUAAUUGCCCCUGA